AUGCUUCGUAGAAGUUUGACGAGUCUGUCCCGUGGUCUGUCAACGUACUGUUUUACAACCCUCCAAGAUUUGACGCAGAAGCAGAACUUUGUUCGUCGCCUGUUGUCUGUGAAGGAGGCGUCCGGACUGACGUUCGAUGAAAUUGCUUCGCGCCUCGGCGUUACCAACAUCUACUGUGCUCAGUUGUUUUACAACCAGGCACAGUUGAAAGAGGAGACGGCCAAGAAACUGCGGCGGGUCGUUCCCGGUUUGAGUGACUCAGACUUGGAGGAAAUGGGUCGGGUACCUCUGCGUUGUUACCCUGCGGAAGUGCUGCAAGACCCGACCAUAUACAGAUUUUACGAAGUGAUCACACACUAUGGCAUGUCGUUGAAGGCGGUGAUCAGCGAGAAAUUCGGCGACGGCAUCAUGUCCGCGAUUGAUUUCAACAUCGCAGUGGACGCCGCUAAGGAUGAAAACGGGAACAACAGAGUAGUGGUGACGCUGAACGGGAAGUUCUUGCCUCACACCGAACAUAAAGAUCAUCUUGGAAAAGCAUGA